AUUCUGACAGAUUGUCAAUUAUAUUCACUAUUUAGUCUGUACUCUGUGCCCUUUGUGCCUUUGCUAAAAGAUCUGUGUCAAUAAUCAAAAAACCAGAGACAACCUUGAUAAAAAGAACAGAAUAAAAAUUAAAUAAUAAUGCACGGUCGGCUCAAAGUGCGAACAACAGAGGAGCAAAAAUUGCUCAAAGAGAAGGAAAACAACAAAAAGUUAGGACUUUACAAAAAAGGUAUGACAUUCAUUUUAGGCAGUAGAAGAAAGGACUCUUAUGAUGAGGAAGCUUUUAAACUGUCAACACAAAUCCUCCAAAAUAACCCACACGUAUAUACUUUGUGGAAUUACCGUAAAGAAGUUUUAUUGAUAGAAAUUGAGAGGCGUGAUAAAGAACCAGAAUUUUUAAUUGAAGAAUUCCUCGAUACCGAACUGCGAUUUGUCGAGCAGUGUAUAAUAAUUAGCCCUAAAUGUUACAGCGCUUGGCACCAUCGUUAUUGGGUAUUGAAUAAUCAUCCAAAACCGAAUUGGAAAGAAGAAUUCAAAUUGUGUUCAAAAUUUUUGGCUAGGGACGAUAGAAAUCUUCAUGGUUGGGACUAUCGCAGACUCAUCAUUAACAAAAUAGGCCGAAUUUUAAAUGAAGAAUUGAAAUUUUCUACAGAUCGUAUAAGAACCAACUUUUCAAACUAUUCAUCUUGGCACUACCGAAGUACACUUAGAACUUUAGAUGAGGAUAAUUUAGAAGAAGAGCUCGAUUUAGUAAUUAAUGCUGUGUACACUGACCCUAAUGACUCAAGUGCCUGGUUUUAUUUUCGUUGGAUUUUAAGCCACAAGGAAUUAUUGAAAGAAAAAUGUGAAAAAGUCCUGGACGAUUUGAUGGUACUAGAACAGAUGGAACCCGACUGUAAAUGGGUUUUAAUAGCUAAAAAUUGGGCAAGUCAGAUUUUGAGUGAUGACGAUAAUAUAAUAAAUAGAAAAAGCUAUGCUGAAUGUGAUCUACCAAAGUUGAUUGAUAUGGAUCCAUUGAGAAAAGCUAGGUAUGUUGACGAAUUAAAGAAGGUUACAGAUUCAAUUGGAGAUAAUAAUUGAUAAAAACAGGUUCAAUGUAUAUUUUAUUUUGAAAAUUACUGUAAAAUAUUAUUUGUAUAAUUAUAUUUAUAAAUAUAUAUUAAUAAUUGAUGCACGCA